CCAACCCUCUCCUCUCUUCCUCCUCCCGUCCCGUUAACGUUUAUUUAUACCCCAAAUGCACCUCUCCUCAAUUUCCAUUCUCCGUUUCUCAGUCUUCCUUUCCUCUCUCUCUCGUUUGCAUUCAUGUGAGGGUGAUUUUGCAGAGACUUAACAGCACAAACCACUCACUCUCUUAACUUGAGAUUAUUUUUUUUCUUUCCCCAAACCCAAAGAGGCAUGAGUUGCAACGGGUGCCGCGUCCUUCGAAAGGGUUGCAGCGAGUCUUGUAUCCUGCGGCCGUGUCUACAGUGGAUCGAUACGCCCGAAGCACAAGGCCAUGCCACUGUCUUCGUUGCCAAAUUCUUUGGCCGUGCCGACCUCAUGUCCUUCAUUUCCAACGUCCCUGAACCCCAAAGGCCCGCUCUGUUUCAAUCUCUGUUGUUCGAAGCGUGUGGAAGAACGGUGAACCCUGUCAACGGUGCUGUUGGGCUUUUAUGGACCGGAAACUGGCACGUGUGCCAGGCGGCGGUUGAGACGGUGCUCCGCGGCGGCACCGUCAGGCCCAUGCCGGAGCUUCUCGGCCUAGACGCUCCCACUCCCACUGCCGAUGACGCUUCCGAAGGGGAAGUUACCUGUACCGACAAGUGGAGAGUCCGAGAUCCGAACCCGAAUUUCCCGGGAACCCGGUUCCCGGGUUCGAGGUCCGAUAAGGCCGGUUCUGGUGGCAAACGCAAGCGAUUUGAAGAGCUCGCCAAGCUUCAGACGGCGACGACGGAUCUCAAUCUCCGGCUGACGCCGAGUUUUCUGCAGAACGCGGCUAGCUACGGCUGCCGGCAGGAAAUUCGCUGGCCAGGGUCGCCGUCAAUGAAUUCCGAGGAGUCCGGGACGACGACGGCGUGCUUGGAGAGCGGGAUCGGAGAUCACUACGCUCACGACGGAGACCGGAAAGUGCUGAACCUUUUCAUUUGAGAGUUCUCUUUCGCUCUCCGAGAUUCGUGUUUGAGGGUUCUCGCUGACGCGUCUUUUUGCCUUUUUUUUAUAACGCUUUAUUUUGAGAAAGAGUUUUUCCCGGAAUUGAAUCCGGUGAGAUUUUGUAAGAAUACCGGCACAGGAUUUUUCUCUCUGUUGUUCUUGCUAGACAGGGAGAGAAAGAUGAGGGUUAGUCGGUGAUGAUUUUUCCUUUUUUCUUUUCUUUUUUUUCCCCUUUGAGCUAUCAAACAUGUUAUGAUGGUGUGACAUGAAUGAUGAAAUAUUAAAUAACUUAAUACAUAGUUCUUUUAUAUUCAUCGAUA